AUGUACGGCAUGAUCAUCCAGUCAAUGGCUGCCUGUCUGCAGCAGACCUAUGGCGAUCUGCUUUAUCAAGAGAUCAUCGAAUGUGCCGGUAUCCCGGUCACCGUUUUUAAUACGCAUGAACUCUAUCCAGAUAAGUAUGUGAAGGCACUGGUACAAACCGCCGCCCGGGUGCUGGAAGAGGACAAAGAGCCCGAGUAUUAUUUGGAGCUUUUCGGGAGGAUGUUCGUCCUGUACUGCCACACAUAUGGACAUGACAGGAUUCUUCGCUUGUGUGGCCGGCAUUUUCGUGAUUUAAUUCGCGACUUGAAUCAUCUUCAUCACUGCAUGCGCUACAGCUAUCCCCGCAUGAUUCAUCCAUCUUUUGUGGUUGUCGCUGAGGAUUCGUCCGGCAUGGUGCUGCAAUAUGAAUCGGUGCGGCAAGGCUUCGCUCCUUAUGUAACCGGCCAGCUGAAAGAAUUAGCCGGUAACAGUAAAUUCUUCAAAAUGCCCUACUUCAAUGUUAACGUGAUGGAAGAGCGCGAGCUGUCCCAGCGCGGAUCCUACCGGACAGAAUUACGUCUGCAUUUUCCCAACACCGGAUAUGUGAGCUCAAUAUCCGGUUUCAAUCGCAAGUUUGCACCGCGGUUCCCUUGCCUUAAACCCCAGACAUUUUUCAGUAUUCUGCCCUUUAGCCUGUUCCUGGACGAGCAGCUGAUUGUCCGGAUGUGCAGUAUCCAGCUCGAACGAUUGUUUGAAGAAAAAGUUGCCGGCAGCCCAUUGGCGAAAUUUUUUCGACCAUCCCAUCCUACAUUUGACUUCAAGUUCGAAGAGCACCUACCGCCUUCCGUUGAUGGCUUGGAAUGUACCUGCGUUAGCCAGCCUGGCCAAUUCUUGGAAAAGUUACCUGCCUGUUUCCUAUCGCUCAGCGGAGGAUGGCCUAGUUACGUGUACUGCAUUCGCGAAGACGGCUUACUGGUUGUUUUCCCAACGGUAACAGCGGAACCUGCAGGUGAUCUCGACGCUCAGAUUGCUGCUGCUCAACAGCAUUUGCAGUCUUUGGUCGCUGGCAAGGACCGGGAUGUAAUUCAUAUUCCAGCCACAUCGAAUGCUGUUCCGCCGCCGUCGCAGCCUACGGAAAUGGCCUUGAUUCUCCAGUUGAUGAUGAACCAGCAAAAUCAGCUGACCCACUUGACUCAGAAGGUAAAUGAUGCCCAGCCAGACCCAUCUACAAGCACGGGGAGCGGUACCGGUAAGAAACCUCCACCAUUGCCAGCUGGGUUUCCCUAUGUCAGCGAGAAAUGUCUGGAAGAGUUGUUUGACCUCACGAUUAACAUCGAUUUGGACAAGCUGUUACGAACGAACAGCAUCAUGUCCCCAAUUCAAGGCGAAGCGAAAUUUGAGAUCAGGGAUGGCAAUUUUGUUCUUUCGGACUCAAAGCCCAAAAAAGUCACGAUUACAUCUUUUACUCUGUUGAAUGAAGCCUUCAUUGUUUUUCGCCGUGUGCGAAGUUUUUAUCAUCCGGCACUGCAAUAUCCCCUUGAUUCCUAUCAUACUAUCAUCACCGAAUUGGCGGGAGUUUAUUCACCGGUUGUAUGGCUGGAGUACGACAAGACAUUUCGUGCCAGCCGUAUUCGCGACUCCAAUCACGAUGAGUGGAACAGGUUCAUCGUUACCAACAACCUACAAAUGGUUUGGGGCCUUUCCGAUGGCUCGCCAUCAUCUGCUACUCCCUACGAAGCCGGCCUCGCCAUCAUCCAACCCGCAUCCGCUCGCAACGCCCGCGCGUACCACAUUGUUUGGGGCACCUUCUCACUCGCGCAGCUCUCUCGCUAUGGUACGCGCAGAACCGCACCGGAAGGCAGUCUCAUCCCCCUGGCCACGAAUCAGGUGGUGGUCCCAACUCCCUGGGUGGGAGUCACCUGGCCACCUCUCUCGCUAUGGUACGCGCAGAACCGCACCGGAAGGCAGUCUCAUCCCCCUGGCCACGAAUCAGGUGGUGGUCCCAACUCCCUGGGUGGGAGUCACCUGGCCACAUAUCAGGUGUCGCCAACCUCCCUGGCCACGAAUCAGGGAGGACACCUGGCCACGCAUCAGGUGUCCGCGAUGGCAUACACGCGCACACGCAUACGCAUACACUCCUUCCCGGUGGCCGUGCAUGUUCUGACGAUACCACGAGACUCCGCGGCCGAGCUGAGGCUGGCCAUUUGCCCCAAACCAUUUAUUUUGCAUUUGCAAGAUGUCGUCAUCGAACUUGAAUCAAUACCCACUGUUCUCGUGCAAAAUCCUCAAACCAAACGGCGGGUCCUGUCAUCCCAUCGAGUAUUGCUCAAAGGACAAUUCAAAAAAAUUGCCACCCAACGCGUUUUAUUCAUAAGCUCCACUCCUACACUGAAUGACCUGUCAGAUUUACAGUGCACAGGUUUUUAUCUGAGUGAUCUACCCUUGCACAGCGGAUCCGCGGAUUUAGCCGCCUGUGGAUGGCAUUCUCAGCAACUCAACUUCCGACAUUUUCAGAAGGAAGAAGAAAAAAGCAGGCAGCUGGAAGUCUCAUUCCGUAAGCUGAAUGAAUGGCAGCGUCGUGGCGAUUCACUGCUGAUGUCCAUGAUCCCGAAGCACAUCAUAGAAAGAAUGAAGCAAACGGGAGAGCGCAACUUUAGUGAGGUGGGAAUGCAUCGCACCGCUUGUUCAAAUGCCGGUUGCACUUUGCCCGACUAUUUUUUGUAGCCUUAUGACCCAGUAACGAUUAUGUUGGUUCGAUUAUUUGACUUCCACGUAGUAUGCUCUCAAAUUCCACCAACAGAAGUCGUCAAGAUUGUGAGUGAAUGCUGGAGUGCACUGGACACGCUAACCGAGAGUUAUGACGUGUUUAAAGUGGAAAACCGUGGCGAAGAAUACAUGGUUGCCAGUGGCAUUUCAACCAAAAACGGCAACCAACACGCUAGUGAAACCGCCACCCUGGCAUUGCGAAUUGUGCAGACGGUCAUGGACAUGGACUUUGCUCCGCUGCCCGAUCGCAAACUGAAGAUCGGAAUCGGGAUCAAUACCGGGCCGGUUGUGGGCGGCGUUGUUGGACUACAUACGCCACGAUUCUGCAUAUUUGGUGACACCGUGAAUACAGCAUCGAGAAUGGAAUCUUCCGGCAUUCCUUUCGGCAUUCAGUGCAGUAAGAAAACCAGAAAUAUCUUGGUGGCAACAGAAGACUUUGAACUGAAGAAGCGUGGAACGAUGCAAAUCAAAGGAAAGGGUGAAAUGAUGGUAUACUGGCUGGUACGCAAGCGCGGAACGGAUUUUUUUAUUGAUAUUGCAGAGCAUUCGCAGCUUCCGGAUACUACCAAUAUUGCUUAUCUGAGCGACCCCGGUCUGCCAUCACAGGUGGACGUAGUAAAUGGGAGUAAAGAGGCGUGUAAAGCAUGA